AUGUCUACUACCUCACUGCCCGUCAGACCGCCUCCUGCUUCAGCCAGUGGCGCUCGCCCAGUCAUCACCUCCGACUUCUGGGAUCUCUACAAGUCCUCCAAGCGAGAUACUGGUUACGUGCUAGACUGGCUGCGUCGCACUGUCGAAAAUGCAGCACGCACGAAGAAGUCCAAAACACCCAUUGUCCCCAUUGACGGCCGCUUGACCGUCCAAAACCUCCUCCAGGCCAGUGAGUUCGUCUCCAAGCGCCAAGUGACCGCUCCUCUGUACAUCCGAGGUGCCUUUAAGCGCACUCUUGUCAAGCGUCGACAGAUUACCGAGUGGUACCGUCAGCGGGAACGCAUCGAUCCGACUGUCAAGCCUGGAAAUGAAUCCCACGCCUUUUUCAACGAUGCACUCGCCACAGCCUAUGAUUUGAUGUUCCCUGACCAAGACGAGCCAGCGCCCGAAAAGCCCGCCGCUGCUAAGGAUACAUCCAAGCCGGCCGGAGAUGACUCGCCGAAAGCCUCCAAAAACUUCUUCGACGUCCUCGCCAACAUCCCUGAAGAGGAACCCGGUUCUCCCGUUCUCGAGCUCGCCGAGCGAGAUGUCCCCGAAGAUGUGCCCGAACCGAUCGAGUACGUCUUCGUCGAUGACCCGCUCGCCGAGAUUCUGGACCUCCAUCUCUACGUCCUGGAGAUGGACGCCCUUGUGUCUGCCACCAAGCACUUCUGGAAGCUUUCUGCAAAUGCCGAAAUGCCCGUCCCACUUGCAGCUUGGUUGACCACGGCGGGAUUUGCAGCAACGAAACGACUCUGCGAUCUUGUCACCCCCGCCAUUGGUGGCCAUAGAGCCCUCCUUCACCACUAUACCAGCAAGAGGGCCGACCUUGGAAUAAGCGGCAUUGACGUGUCCCAGGGUAUGGUUGAGAAGACUGGUCAAAGCCCCAUCUACAAGGAAUUCUCUGACGGCCUGGCCCUCGCCUUCCCCUGCUCCGCUCUGGUCAACUUCAAGAAGGACAAGCAGAACGACUCUGAAUUCAUGGGUGUGAUAGAGCGCCAGCCUAUCUCAAAGUCUUUCUUGUCCGAGGAGAAGGAAAAGGAAGAACAGGAGAAAUUCAUGCAAGCCGUCAUGAAGACCAUCUCAGAUCCCUCUAAGAAGGAGCUCUCGGCGGAUGAAGCCCUUGCCGUGAUGCAACUUUUGGCUGAGAGACAAAGCAGAGACUCACAAGCUAUGGAAUCUGUUCUGAGGAGCAUCACGCAGCUCAUCAAGGACGACAAGAAUAAAGGCGCUUCCUGGAAAGACGACAUGAACCCCCUGCUUCCCGAAACAAGAGAAUUCCUGGGAUCGAAAGAGCUCUAUCCGGGUACGACUCUUGUAGUCGGUCUCCAGCUGCUGCUAGAAACUUCUAAGAGCUUCGUCUACAAAGGGGAUGCGCCGAAUCCUAUGAACUGCCGCAUGAUGGCUCUCAGACUUGCCCAGGAGGUGGUGCAAAACAUCCAGUUCGUCAAUGAUCAUGACCUUGUUGCGAAGAAUCACACCGUACCCAUGGCGUCUGGACUUCAUGGAGUAUCCGACAGGCUAAAGGCUCUCAUGCGUGAGAAACGGCUUGACUUGUACUCACAGUCUCCAUGGACAGGAGGUCAACAAAUGGUACAGACCUUGGCAUAUGCACUUGAAGCUGGUCUGUCACUUUGCAACCAACGUGGCAUCGUUGGUACGGUUCUGUACGGUUACAACGCUGUGCAGCAGCUUUCCGAUGCUCCAGUCAAGAACCCGCUUCUGGAUGCGCUCUCGAAUCUCCUAUUGGACGCCGUCUUUCUCGGGCGCCUCCCUGCAUCGAACAUGCACAGUAUAUGGAUGCGUUUCCUGGGCGGAGGUGUUGAGAAGAAAAGUGCCCGCGGCAAAGACGGAAAGAAAUUUUCAAUCACGUUCCCCAAGCGUCCAACCGACUCCAACAACACGGCCGACUUCCAGAAGCGCAUUGACGCGUUCAGCCUAUCGUUGUUCCACAACCUCUAUGAGAGUUACUGGAUGGGACGCCCGGAGUUCUGGGCUCAAGUCUUCAGUAACAGAGAGAAGAAGACGGUGUCCAAGGCGGAGUCGAUUCAACUAGACAUCAAGCUCCACAGACGACCAUUUGGCGAAGCUCUCUACAUGAUGAGCGAUGUCGUUUCGUCGGAGUUCAACUCGGAAUUUCCUGUGGCGAAGGUCAAUUUCUUCGCCGUCUACACCACCUGUGUCGAUAUGCUCACGGAGAUAUCGCGGAGAGCAACGGCAAAUCCGCCGGAGGAGCUCCGCUGGGCGUGGGACCUUGGCGUUAUAGACUCCCACGUUGACGCCGCCGCUGGUUUCACCUUCAUGAACCACCUUCUUCAGGACAUUGAUGUUCGGUCUAGCAAGGGAGAUAAGGCGAACAUUUCCAAGCAUUCUGGACUGCGCCUCGUGCAGGAUGCGAUUAACCAUGUUUGGGGAGACAAGAAGUGGGAAGACUUCUUUUGGAAGAGUGUGUAG